UUCUCCGACUGGCUGCAUACGCGGAAGUAAUGAAAUAAGUGAUUCCUGACAACAACGAAACUGCUAUCACUGAACAUUCAUGUUGAUCCGUUUUUCUUGAGUGUUUUUAAGCAAAAAUGGCUCUACCGGUGCAGUUUAAAGCUGUCCAACACCAUCUCCGGACCGCACAGGAACACGAUAAAAGAGAUCCUGUCGUGGCGUACUACUGUCGUCUCUAUGCCAUGCAGACCGGUAUGAAGCUGGACAGCAAGACACCAGAGUGUCGGAAGUUCCUGGUGAAACUCAUGGACCAGCUGGAGACGAUGAAGAAGGAGCUGGGUGACAAUGAGUCUGUGAGCCAGGAGGUAGUGGGAAACGCCCACAUCGAGAACUACGCCUUGAAGAUGUUCCUCUACGCCGACAACGAAGACAGAGCCGGCUCCUUCCACAAGAACAUGAUCAAGUCCUUCUACACGUCCAGUCUUUUGUUCGACGUCCUGUCCGUGUUCGGUGAGCUGUCUGAAGAGAACAUCCAACAGAGGAAGUAUGCCCGUUGGAAGGCCACCUACAUCCACACCUGUCUGAAGGAGGGAGAGACACCUGUGGCUGGGCCCCUGGCCAUGGAGGGGGAAGAAGAUGAGGAGGAAGGAGCCGACGGGGGUUUCUACGACCCGGGCCCCUCAUCGGGGGGCUCGUUCAGGGGCCCUCAGCCCCAGGUUCCUCCGGACCAGGGUGCCCUGGGGCCGGGGGGACCUGCCCCAGGAAUAGGCUUCACACCUGGGCCAGGUCCAGGGCCCAUGGGGCCUCCGGUGGGGCCCGGCUCCAACUACAACAACAUCCACAUCCCCCCCGGCGCCCACGCCCCGGCCAACACUCCAGCAGAACUACCUCCGGCAGCAGGAGGGCCAGAGAGACCCAUGCCUCUGCCCAGAUCAAUGCCAAGUACGGACCCCGCACUGCUUAGCGCCACACAGGAGGGUGGCGUGCGGCUCACCCCCGACGACUUCACGCUCGCCCAGAAGUACUGCAAGUACGCGGGCAGCGCCCUGCAGUACGAGGACACCGCCACCGCCGUGCAGAACCUCCAGAAGGCCCUCAGGCUCCUCACCAGCGGCAAAGAAUGAAGUGCUUUGUCCUCUCUCUCUUCCUCUCUCUCUCUCUCUCUCUCUCUCUCUCUCUCUCUCGGUGUCUCUCUCUCGCUGAAUAUCUCUCUUUCUCUCAAUGUCUUUCUCUCUCGCUCCUCCUCCUCAUUUCUCCACCGACCCUUCCAUCUUUGCACCCCCACCUAUAGCCUCACUCUCACUCUCUCUCACUCGCUCUGGUUCGCCGGUCUGGUGUGAACUGUUCGUGUUGCAGCAGCACGCAUGCACCCGCGGGACUGUCUGUGGGCGCAGUUAACGAGACGCAUGCCCCUCUCCAAACACCACACACACACACACUCGCUACACCCGCACACAUACAUGGUCUGAUUGACACACACACACACACACACACACACACACACACACACACACACACACACACACACACACACACACAUGCAUUAAUGCCCACUCCCACACACACAAGCACAGACCGUACACACGCUCAGACAAAUGCUCACACAGACAUCAUCACACACACACACACACAUACACACACACACACACGAACACACCCACACUCACACACAAACUCCCGGCCUGCCCUUGGAUGAGGACACGAUGUAAAUGGCUGAAUUAUUUUAGACAAUGUCUGCCUAUGUCCAUCACUGUGCUGACUGACUGACUGACGGGCUGAUUUACUAAGUGAAAGAUGGGCUUGAAUGACCGCAUGACCGCUUGACUGGCCUGCUGACAGGUUCUUAACUGUUGGGCCAGAGUACAGGCUUCCUGACCUUUAGGUCAAAGGUUAACUUGCCCAUCAGUUCUACGUUUCUGUUUAAUAGAAGUUCUUUGAAGUCGGCUCAGAAACGAAGAGGCUUGACCCAUCCAAUUAACUAACGACCUUGAACCCCACUCAGAGUGUUCUGCCCGGUGCCUCGGAUAUGUCCCCUCGUUGAUUGGCCAGCAGAAUGUAUGCCUGGAUAAAUGCUGCCAGACCAUCCUCUCUUCUGAUUGGACGACACGGACAAACCACACGCUUACUGCUUUUUCGGACACUGAUCAGACCCUUCCAGACAUUCUGCCUAACAAAGACCUGUGGUGGACCAGCUCAGACGGAACGUGGACUGUCCCUGACGUUCGCCCUCGCAGAUGCAAAUCCCAACUGACUUCCCCUCCAUUCAAACCUUUGACAUAUUCUUAUUUUUUUAUACAACUUAUAAAGCAAAGUAGGCAGCGGUCAUCAAAAGUCUUCAGUCAUAUUAGUCAACACUAAACUGCUUGACAUGUUUAAAACUCAUGCUACCUUUUGCUAUUGGGUAUAAGCUCUGACAAUAUAUGAUGGGGUCAUUAUUUUACUGAAUGAACAAUUCUUUAGUGGGCAAGUUUAAAUUGUGGGCGGUACACUUUCUACCCUUCAUGGGUUAUUGUUUUAAUAUUUUGAAUUAACAUUUUGAAAAGCCUAAAAUGCGUAUCACUUUCUCUGUAUAUGUUGAUGCAAAUCGUUUUCUAUUAUUUUGCCUUGUUUGGGAAGGGUUAAUGAGAGUGGUUGUAGUUUCCUUAACUCUAAUAUUUCGGCUGUUAUUUAAUGGUGAUAUUAUGGUCUGUCAGUGGCUCGGAUCUCCAUGGAGACACACCCUCUGUCCGGGCCCAUUCUGAGAUUCUUGGAAUAAAAGAUUUGAAAUUAAAAC